AUGGCAACAAUAAAUCAAAUAUUCUUGUUCAUAGGGAUAUUGGUGAGCCUUGUUCUUGCUGCACAUGCGAAUUCUGGCUCUGCCACUUGCUACACUCUGUUUAACCCUUCAGCGUGUUGUGGGUAUGACGCCCCAACUGGUCUGAUUGCUUCUGCUAGUCCUGAAAUAUGGGAAAAUCGUGCUGCCUGUGGCAAAAGAUAUCGCAUAACUUGCACUGCUGGAACCAACCUAGGCGUGCCAGAGCCAUGCAGUGCCACAUUUGAUCUCAGUCCAGAUGCAUUUGCCGUCAUUGCAGCUGUUGAUGAGGGGCGUACCCUGAUUGAAUACGAUCAUUAUUUGUGUGGGGAAAAAAAUUCCAAUAGUGACAUCAUGGAGGAAGAUAGGGUUGAUAUCAUCUGGGAGUCGAGGUUGGCUGCCUAA